AUGGCCUCCCUAGCCCUCCCCUCUCUACUUCGCACAUCAACGCGCACGUUGCGGCUGAACCGCAUCCCCGCACUUACCCCAUGUUUCCGCUCCAUCUCAACGAAGCACCCGGCGGGCUUUGUUCCCCCGUCCGAGGAGGAUCUACUGGAGCUCCGAGAGCGCGUUCAAGAGUUCACAAGGCGCGAAAUUCCAGCCGACGUUGCGGCAAAGACGGACGAGCAGAAUGAGUUCCCAGCGGAGAUGUGGAGGAAAAUGGGUGAUGCCGGGUUCCUCGGUGUUACAGCGAACGAGGAAUACGGUGGCUUGGGAAUGGGCUAUCAGGCACAUUGUGUGGUAAUGGAAGAGAUUAGCCGAGCAUCCGGAAGCAUCGGUCUCUCCUAUGCUGCCCACUCCCAGCUUUGCGUGAACCAGAUCUCCCUCAAUGGCUCGGCGGAACAAAAAGAGCGCAUUCUCCCCGGCCUUCUCUCAGGAGAGAAGGUCGGAGCUCUGGCAAUGUCGGAGCACUCAGCUGGCUCUGAUGUAGUCAGCAUGAAGACCACGGCGAAGGAAGUUGACGGAGGCUGGGUCUUGAACGGAACCAAGAUGUGGAUUACGAAUGGGCCCGAUGCCGAUUACAUCGUGGUUUACGCUAAGACAGAGCCUGAACUUGGCUCUAAGGGCAUUACAGCGUUCCUGGUCGAGAAGAACUUCAAGGGCUUCUCGUGUGCCCGCAAACUAGACAAGCUGGGCAUGCGCGGCUCUAACACUGGCGAGCUCAUCUUCGAGGACGUCUUCGUUCCCCGCGAGAACCUGCUAGGUGAGGUGAACCGCGGUGUCCGUGUCCUGAUGGAGGGCUUGGAUCUGGAGCGACUUGUCCUGAGUGCAGGACCCCUAGGAAUUAUGCAAGCUGCGCUUGACCUCGUGCUUCCUUACACACACGUUCGCAAGCAGUUCGGUGCCCCGAUCGCCCACAACCAACUGAUCCAAGGCAAGCUUGCCGAUAUGUAUACUAAGUUGGCAGCGUCGCGUGCGUACACCUAUGCCACGGCCCGCCAGGUGGACAACGCUGCUACAGCGCCUGGUGAGAUGACCGUUCGCACUCAGGACUGUGCUGGUGCAAUCCUUUACGCUGCUGAACGCGCGACUGAGUGCACGCUCGAUGCCAUCCAGCUGAUGGGAGGAAGUGGAUAUAUCAAUGAGAUCCCAGCUGGGCGACUUCUGCGGGAUGCGAAGUUGUAUGAGAUUGGUGCUGGGACAAGCGAGAUUCGCCGGAUGGUCAUCGGCCGCGCAUUUAACAAAGAGUAUGCUUAA